GCUAAAUUAGCGCGCCAAACAUCACGUGGUGUAGCUUUUCGCGCGAAACUGCCCAGUGGUGUGGACCUCGUUGUCUUUGUCUUCGCCGGAGCUGUACUGUUACAUUUUUCUAGAGUUAUUUGCCCGCUUUUGGAUUCAUAAUCAAUAUGGAUGUUGCCCCAGCGACCGCAGAGAAUGCCGCGGAGCUAGUGAAAGAUGAGUUGGCGGACAAGUGUCAGAAGUUAUUCCAGGCUUUUUUGGAGGAGUUCCAGACUUCGGAUGGAGAAGUGAAGUAUGUCCGGGAAGCUGAGGAGCUGAUCCGGCCAGAAAGGAACACACUGCUGGUUAGCUUCAUUGAUCUUGAGGUCUUCAACCAGGAGCUAGCAACCACCAUCCAAGAAGAGUAUUACAGAGUUUACCCCUUCCUUUGUCGGGCCGUCCACAACUUUGCGAGGGAUCAUGGAAAUGUUCCUCUCACCAAAGAGUUCUACGUAGCCCUUGAAGAUCUGCCUACGAGACACAAGAUUCGUGAGCUGUCAUCCAUGCGAAUCGGGACCCUGGUGAAGAUUAGUGGUCAGGUUGUAAGGACGCACCCGGUCCACCCUGAACUGGUGAGCGGCACCUUCCUGUGCAUGGACUGUCAGGCGGUGAUCAAAGACGUCCCUCAGCAGUUCAAAUACUCGCCGCCCACCAUCUGCCGCAACCCUCGCUGCAGCAACCGCUCACGCUUCCACCUCGACACUCACAAGUCCAAGUUCAUUGACUUCCAGAAGGUGCGUAUCCAGGAGACUCAAGCUGAGCUGCCCCGUGGUUCGAUCCCGCGCUCCCUGGAGAUCAUUCUCAGAGCAGAGGCAGUGGAAACUGCUCAGGCCGGUGACCGGUGUGACUUCAUCGGGACACUCGUUGUGGUGCCGGAUGUCUCGCAGCUCAGCACUCCUGGUCUGCGAGCGGAGACCAGUACCAGGGUUGGCGGACCUCAGCGCUCCGAGGCCGAAGGUCUGAGGGGAUUGAAAGCUCUGGGAGUCCGAGAGCUGUCCUACAGAUUGGCCUUUCUGGCCUGUAAUGUCACUCCCACCAACCCGCGGUUUGGCGGCAAGGAGCUGCGGGAUGAGGAGCAAACGGCCGAGAGCAUCAAGAGCCAGAUGACCGAGCGGGAGUGGGAGAAGGUCUUUGAGAUGAGUCAAGACAAAAACCUGUACCAUAACCUGUGCACCAGCCUCUUCCCCACCAUCCACGGCAAUGACGAGGUGAAGCGUGGCAUCCUGCUGAUGCUGUUUGGGGGCGUUCCUAAGACCACCAUGGAGGGAACCUCGCUGAGAGGAGACAUCAAUGUCUGUGUUGUUGGAGACCCCAGUACUGCAAAGAGCCAAUUCCUUAAGCACGUGGAGGAGUUCAGCCCGAGGGCCGUGUACACGAGUGGCAAAGCUAGCACCGCUGCAGGUCUGACUGCAGCUGUAGUCCGAGAUGAAGAAUCCCACGAGUUUGUAAUUGAGGCUGGAGCUUUGAUGCUGGCUGACAAUGGUGUGUGCUGCAUUGAUGAGUUUGACAAGAUGGACCUUAAAGACCAGGUGGCCAUCCAUGAGGCCAUGGAGCAGCAGACCAUCAGCAUCACUAAGGCUGGUGUCAAGGCCACCCUGAACGCUCGCACAUCCAUCCUCGCGGCUGCCAACCCUGUCAGUGGGCGCUACGACCGCAGUAAGAGUCUGAAACAGAACGUUAACCUGACCGCCCCUAUAAUGAGCCGCUUCGACCUCUUCUUCAUACUGGUGGACGACUGCAAUGAGGUCACGGACUACGCCAUCGCCAGACGCAUUGUGGAUCUCCACUCACGUGUGGAGGAAUCUGUGGACAGGUUGUACACUUUAGAUGAAAUCCGAAGAUAUCUGCUGUUUGCCAGGCAGUUCAAACCAAAAAUUUCCAGCGAAUCCGAGGAGUUCAUCGUCGAGCAGUACAAGCGUCUCCGCCAACGCGACGGUUCGGGUGGCGUGACCAAGUCAGCCUGGAGGAUAACUGUGCGACAGUUGGAGAGCAUGAUCCGACUUUCAGAGGGCAUGGCCAGGAUGCACUGUUGUGAUGAGGUGCAACCCAAACACGUGAAGGAAGCGUUCCGUCUUUUGAAUAAGUCCAUUAUCAGAGUGGAGACACCCGACAUCAACCUGGAGCAAGAUGACGAACAAGAAGACGAAGAGCUGCCGGAGGAAGGAAACAUCCCGAACGGAGUUAAUGGCAAUGUCAACGGAAUGAACGGCCACGUCAACGGUGUCAGCGGCGGUCACAUCAACAGCGUGAACGGCCUCGCUGAGCCUGGCAGUCAGUCCAAACCGUCCCUGCGGCUUUCUUUCGCCGAGUAUCAGCGCAUCUCCAACUUGCUUGUCCUGCAUCUACGCAGAUCAGAAGAAGCUGAGGAGGAGGAGGAGCUGAAGAAAAAUGCAGUGAUCAACUGGUACCUGAACGAGAUUGAGUCCGAGAUCGACUCUGAGGAAGAGCUCAUCAAUAAGAAGGGACUGAUUGAGAAGGUCAUCCACAGGCUGGUGCACUUUGAUCACAUCCUUAUCGAGCUGUCUCAGUCUGGCCUGAAGGGCUCCGGGACCGCGACCGCGGAAGAAGAGGUGGUUCUGGUCGUCAAUCCCAACUAUACCCUGGAGGACUGAACUCCUCUCCCUCCUGCUGCUUCGUUUUCCUUUAUACAAAAUCAAACUCUGAUGUCAAAGUUAAAAAAAAAAAAAGUUUGUUUCCCCAUUUUUUAAAUAAAUGCUCGUAUAUAAGACUGCGUAACUGUAGCGUUGGACAUGGUGACUGUUGUACAAAGGUUUGUCACAUUUAAUGUAAAUAAACUGUCCUGAGUUGUGUAACAGGUGAUCAUCAAAAUUGUUGUCACUGUGACAUGGUAAUAAUGUGCUUUAAGUCAAUAAAAGAAUGAUGCUCAUGUUA